AGAGGCAAAGAAAACACACUUUUCUGCUCUACACCUGAGCACUCACUUGUUUUGUUGCUGCUGCUGCGAGUUCAUGGGCGAAACCGUUUUCCGAAUCCUCUGCCCCGCCGGCCAGACCGGCGGCAUCGUUCGAAACGGCGGCGCAUUCAUCCGCCAGGUCCGCGAGGAAACCGGCGCCAGGAUUCGCGUCGAGGAUUCCGUUCCCGGAUGUAAAGAGCGCAUGAUAGUUAUUGUAUCCGACAAAGAGAGUACUUCCAAAAAUAUCGACGCAAGCGGCGACGAGUCGAUGGUGGGUGAAGAUGAAGAAGUGUCGCAAGGGCAGCAGGCUUUAGUUAGGGUUUUCGAGAGGAUUGCUGAAGAAAGAAGUGGGGUUUCUUCCACGGAGAGCGAGUUCGAGGAGAGAGAUGGAGGAGGAGGUCAUAAUAAUAUAGGUGGUGGUGGAGAGGGAGCGGUGGUGUGUAGGUUGUUGGCGCCGAGUAGUCAGGUUGGGUGUGUGCUUGGGAGAGGAGGGAGGAUUGUGGAAAGAAUAAGGCAUGACAGUGGCGCUCGAGUUAGGAUUUUGCAGUAUGAUCAGAUUCCGCCUUGUGCAUUUCCCGGCGAUGAGUUGAUUCAGAUAACAGGGAAUUUUUCAGCUGUGAGGAAAGCACUGUUGUCUGUUUCAAGCUGUCUUCAGGUUAACUCAGGGGCAAAUGCUGUCAACUCUGCUGCUACCAGAUCAUCAGGCCUGGCACAACACGGAACUGGUACUGAGAAUAUUGGACCCAACCACAGGUUGGUGGUAACUGAGGAAGAGGUUGUGUUUAGGUUGUUGUGUCAAGUUGACAAAAUCAGGAGUUUGAUAGGGAAAGGUGGCUCUAUAUUGCGGGUAUUGCAGAGUGAAACUGGCGCAUCUAUCAAGAUUGCUGAUUCAGCUCCUGAUUCAGAUGAGACUCUUGUUGUAAUAUCUGCAAGAGAGCACUCAGAGCAAAGACAUUCUUCAGCACAGGAUGCUGUUAUUCGCGUGCAUUGUAGAAUUGCAGAGAUAGGAUUUGAGCGUGGUGCUGCAGUUGUUGCUAGGCUUCUUGUUCAUUCACAGCAGAUUGGUUGUCUAUUGGGUAAAGGGGGUAGCAUCAUUAAUGAAUUAAGAAGAGUAACUGGUGCUAGCAUACGUGUCUUUCAAGAGGAACAAGUUCUGAGAUUUGGUUCUGAGAAUGAUGAAGUCGUCCAGGUCAUUGGCAGCUUGCAGUCUGUACAGGAUGCUUUAUUUCGGAUUACAAGCAGGCUUCGGCAAACCAUCUUUGCAGUCAAACCACAUCAUGCGGGUGUUAGUGGCUCACAGUAUUUGCCCCCUUAUUCAGAAAUGCCGCCACCUAUGUUUAGGUCAAGGCAUGAUCCUGGUUCCCCAGUUCAUUACCCUUCGCCCGCCAUACUCCCUCGUGGUGUUGACCGUGUUCCUUUUCCACCCCAACCCCUUGAUCCCCGUCCUUUUUCACAUGAUACAGAUCAUGUUGGUCCAACCUAUUUUGACCGUAUGCCAUAUCCGUAUGGCAGUGAGAGACCAGGACAUGGUCCAUCAUUUGAUUGGCAACCCUCCCCGAGAGAGUGGACAUAUCAGGCAGGUUCCCGUGGCAAUCCAAGGGAAGUUGCUGAAAUUGGGGGAGGCUUUGCAUUUAGCAGCGUUCCUAUAGGAAGUCGAAAUCUAGCCCCAAAUUCUGCUAGCAUGACUGUUGAGGUUGUAAUUCCUCAGACAUUGCUGGGGCAUGUUUAUGGGGAGAAUAACGGUAACCUGAAUCAGAUUAGGCAGAUCUCGGGUGCAGAGGUAUUUGUCCACGAUCCAAGACCUGGAGCUACUGAAGGGGUGGCGGUAGUAUCAGGAAUGCGGGAUCAACUACAUGCUGCUCAGAGCCUUAUCCAUGCCUUUAUACUAGCAGAGUUGCCAUUUUGAAACAUGGCUUGAUCAGUAUCAAAAGUACAGAGAGCGCUUCAACCAACUUUUAUCCUUUUCCUGCUGUAGCAGGAAAGAGGGAUAUUUUAGACCACAAUUUGUACAUCCUUUUAGGUGCCAUUAUAGUAUCUAUUUCUUCCAAUCGAGUUCUGACCCUUCUAAAAUGAAAACAGUUUGUGAUUUUUGCUAGAGAAAGAACAAGUAAACAGGCUGGCUAUUCCAGGCAAUUAAUUUAUCAUUAGUUUUGCUCA